AUGUCGGCGCUGGUGUCAUUGCUGGUGGUGGGGGCCGUGGUGGGUCUGUGUGAGCUGUGUAGGGGGGCGAUGUCUCAGUUGUCCUCUGGUGUGUCCCCUGGUGUGUCCCCUGUGUACCAGGAGGCCCUGUGGGAGCUGGUGUGUACGCUGCAGCUGUGCUGGUGUGCUCUGGAGAUGCAGCUCUUGGGAGCGAGCUCAGAGCUGCAGCUGUGUGCGUCUGUGUCGCUGCUAUACGGCCUCACGCUGCUGCACCUGCGCAGCUUCCGUGGGGCCAGCUGCUCGGUGCUGGGGCCCCUAGAGCGGCUGUGGCGCGGGGCCCUGCGGCCGCCCCAGGCCCUGGUCCUGGUGGGGGCACAGGUCAGUGGAGCUGUGCUGGCACAGGUGCUGUCUGUGCAGCUGUGGUCUCAGGGCUGGUCCCAGGUGCAUGUGCGACACCAGAGGUCUGGGUUUCAGUGUUCGUCUGCUGUGAGGGGCUCAGUGUUGCAGGCUGCGGCCACAGAGCUGUUCUGCUGCGCCUGCAUCCAGGUCCUAGUGCUGCAGCUGCACCGCCUGCCCCCGGCCCUGCGCCUGCAUGCCCUCAGCGCUGGGAUCACAGCCAUGGUCCUCACAGGUGGAGCCGUCUCAGGAGCCGUGAUGAACCCGGUCCUGGCCCUGGCUCUACAGUUCCCCUGCUCUGGACUCUCUUACCUGGACUUCCUCCUGGUCUACUGCCUGGGCCCAGUCCUCGGAGUGCUCAGCGCUAACCUCCUGCUCCCCUCGCUGUGUGGGAGGAGCCCCGUCACCAUGGAAACGCAGAAGAAGACCCAGUGA